UGAAUGGAUUUCUCUGGGAUUUGCACACCCUAACAUGGAUGUCCCACCAUUCCUUGCAUCGGAAGCUUUCUUCUUGGCGCAGUGAAUGAAGAACAUGCAGUGAUUGCUAAUGGAUUUGGGAAGCGUAUGUUCUCUUCUAUAAGUGGCCAUGCCGUGAUCCUCACUGAGGGCCAUCACCCUACUUAACGUCAGUAUAACUGUUCUGGGGAAUCUAAACAGUAGGGAAUAAACAUUGUGCAUUAUACAAACAACAUGAAGAUCACCUCCCCAAUUCUAACUAAUCUGAUCUUCAGGUGCCUCAUUAGGCUCUAUCUGCUGAUAUUAUGUGUGGGAUAUUCUCAUGGGAUGCCACACGUUUUAAGAUUUGGGGGUAUUUUUGAAUCUGUAGAAUCUGGUCCUUCAGGAGCAGAAGAAUUAGCCUUCAAAUUUGCUUUAAAUACAAUCAACAGAAACAGGACACUCCUGCCAAACACAACGCUAACAUAUGACAUCCAAAGGAUAAACAUCUAUGACAGUUUUGAAGCUUCUAGAAAAGCCUGUGAUCAGCUCUCUCUGGGGGUGGCAGCCAUCUUUGGUCCUUCACAUAGUUCUUCAGCCAAUGCUGUACAGUCCAUCUGCAAUGCACUGGGAGUUCCUCACAUACAGACAAAAUGGAAGCACCAAGUCUCGGACAACAGGGACUCUUUCUAUGUCAGCCUUUAUCCUGAUUUCUCCUCACUCAGUCGAGCAAUCCUGGACCUGGUCCACUUCUUCAAAUGGAAAACGGUCACCAUUGUAUACGACGACAGCACAGGUCUCAUUCGAUUACAAGAGCUCAUCAAGGCCCCAUCACGCUACAACAUUCGAUUGAAAAUCCGCCAGUUACCAGCGGACACAAAGGAUGCCAAGCCUUUGCUGAAGGAAAUGAAAAGAGGAAAAGAGUUCCAUGUAAUAUUUGACUGUGGUCAUGAAAUGGCAGCUGGCAUAUUAAAGCAGGCAUUAGCUAUGGGAAUGAUGACAGAAUAUUACCAUUACAUUUUCACAACACUGGAUCUCUUUGCCCUGGAUGUGGAGCCUUAUCGCUACAGUGGUGUUAACAUGACAGGAUUCCGAAUCUUAAACACCGAAAACACCCAAGUAGCUUCAAUAAUUGAGAAGUGGUCGAUGGAGCGGCUCCAAGCGCCUCCCAAACCAGACUCGGGUUUGUUGGAUGGAUUUAUGACGACUGAUGCAGCUUUAAUGUACGACGCAGUUCAUGUGGUGGCGGUGGCCGUCCAGCAGUCUCAGCAGAUAACUGUCAGCUCGUUACAGUGCAACCGGCACAAGCCCUGGCGCUUUGGGAACCGGUUCAUGGGUCUCAUUAAAGAGGCCCACUGGGAAGGCUUAACAGGCCGGAUAACUUUCAACAAAACCAAUGGCUUGAGGACUGAUUUUGAUUUAGAUGUGAUCAGCCUGAAGGAGGAAGGCCUUGAGAAGAUUGGAACCUGGGAUCUGCCAAGUGGCUUGAACAUGACAGAAAACCAAAAGGGAAAGACAACCAACGUCACUGACUCCCUAUCCAACCGAUCCUUGGUUGUUUCCACAAUCUUGGAAGACCCGUAUGUGAUAUUUAAGAAAUCUGAUAAACCUCUUUAUGGGAAUGAUCGGUUUGAAGGAUACUGCAUCGACCUCCUCAGGGAGCUGGCCAAUAUCCUGGGAUUUACGUAUGAGAUAAGAUUGGUGGAGGAUGGGAAAUACGGAGCCCAGGAGGACACGAAUAGUGGCCAGUGGAAUGGCAUGGUCAAGGAACUCAUGGACCAUAAAGCUGAUCUUGCAGUUGCUCCCCUGGCUAUCACCUAUGCCCGGGAGAAGGUCAUUGACUUCUCCAAGCCCUUCAUGACGCUGGGAAUAAGUAUUUUGUACCGCAAGCCCAAUGGUACAAACCCUGGUGUUUUCUCCUUCCUGAAUCCACUCUCUCCCGAUAUCUGGAUGUAUAUUCUGCUGGCUUACUUGGGUGUCAGUUGUGUGCUGUUUGUCAUAGCCAGGUUUAGCCCCUAUGAAUGGUAUAACCCCCACCCAUGCAAUCCUGACUCGGACGUGGUGGAAAACAAUUUCACCUUGCUAAAUAGUUUCUGGUUUGGAGUUGGAGCUCUCAUGCAGCAAGGUUCUGAGCUCAUGCCCAAAGCCCUUUCCACCAGAAUUGUUGGGGGUAUCUGGUGGUUUUUCACACUGAUCAUUAUUUCUUCAUACACUGCUAACCUAGCCGCCUUUCUAACAGUGGAACGCAUGGAAUCACCCAUAGAUUCAGCAGACGAUUUGGCUAAACAAACGAAAAUAGAAUACGGGGUAGUGGAAGAUGGUGCCACAAUGAUGUUUUUUAAGAAAUCAAAAAUCUCAACAUAUGACAAGAUGUGGGAAUUCAUGAACAGCCGAAAACAUUCUGUGCUUGUGAAGAACAAUGAAGAAGGGAUCCAGCGUGUGCUCACCUCUGAUUAUGCCUUCUUAAUGGAGUCAACGACCAUUGAGUUUGUUACACAACGGAACUGUAACCUCACACAGAUUGGUGGCCUUAUAGAUUCCAAGGCGUAUGGAGUCGGUACUCCCAUGGGGUCUCCUUACCGGGAUAAGAUCACCAUAGCAAUUCUCCAGCUGCAGGAAGAAGGAAAACUCCACAUGAUGAAGGAGAAAUGGUGGAGGGGAAAUGGCUGCCCCGAAGAGGAGAGCAAAGAAGCCAGCGCCCUGGGGGUGCAGAACAUCGGUGGAAUUUUUAUCGUGCUGGCAGCAGGCCUCGUACUCUCAGUAUUUGUGGCAGUCGGAGAAUUCUUGUAUAAAUCCAAACAAAAUGCACAGCUUGAAAAGAGGUCCUUCUGUAGCGCCAUGGUGGAUGAGCUCAGGGUGUCUCUGAAGUGUCAACGUCGCCUCAAACACAAGCCCCAGGCUCCUGUCAUAGUAAAAACAGAAGAAAUCAUCAACAUGCACACAUUUAACGACAGAAGAUUGCCAGGCAAGGAGACCAUGGCAUAGAACUUGGUGGGGGUGGGGGAGAGGAAGCUGUCCUGAGCACACACUGUCAUCAUUGUUCAAAACAAUUUGCCAGAAAAUGUUUCCUGUGGAA